UAAGCCUAUAUAUGAGUUUAUUUUUGGUACAUGGAAAAGGUAAACAAUAGAGCAAUACAGUAAGCAAUACAUUUUCUUUGUUACAAACAGAAAGCCUUUUUGACAUCACAGUUCAGCAUCGGACUCAAAACCUAUAUAUAGCCUAAACCGACUAAUUAAUUAUAUAUAUGCCAAUACCUAAAAAUGCAUCCAACACAAUACGUCAAUGAGGGGGAGAAUCUCAGAUUUUUCACUUCGCGUUUGAACCCUCUGUGCUGCCGUAGUUUGGAGUGCGGAAGCGUCAUGGACUUCGGCAAACCAAAAACUCGUUGUCAUAAAGAAAUUGGAAUGCAUCAACAUUAUCUUUCCUAGUCUUGGAGGAGUGGGGUCUAAUCCUCUGUGAUUAUACUCACAAAAUGUCCGGCCAAGAGGAGUCGGCCAGGGGUGUGGACAUGUGGUCCUCCCUCCGCUGUCUGGGGUAUCUCUCCAGCUUCAACCUGCUGGUAGCCGUGUGCUUGGGAAUGUACGUACGAUGGGAACAGACUGCAGAGUCCAUGAUUCUGGUCAUCUUCAUCUUGGGUUUGUUCGUUUCGGCCAUAGCCUGUAUCCUCUACUACUACUUUUCAAUGGAGUCAGCCAGUUUAAGUCUCUUCCACCUGUGGUUCGGCUUCCUGCAGGGACUCCUGUGCUUCCUGAACAGCCCGUCUUUGGAGAAAGACAUAAAGGAGCAGGUCACAAACUACCUGUUGCUCGCUAGCGUGGCUGUUCGGAUGCUCUGGGCCCUAACAGAACGCUUGUGCAGUAGCACUAUGAAUAAACCAGUCGUUCUCACCUCUUUCGAGCUUUUAGAGCUCCUGGGAUUUGGUGUUGCAAGCAUCAGCUUGGUUUUCUACAAGUCUAUGGCAAUGAUUGCUCUGACGUUCGCGUUAACGGCCCUCAUUGUGGACCUUCGCAUGAAGUCGCCCUUGGCUCUCCCUAAUCUAGCCUGUUUUGUUGUGAUCACCGCAGUUACCUUCUUCAAGUCCUUGGAGAUCCAAGCAAACCCCUUCGCGCUCAGCUGCUACCUGGGCCGGCUUAUCUGCGAGCCUCUUCUGGAUGUGUACUUCAGCAGCUUGUCGGCAACUGAACGCUGUAAGCAGUUUCUCUCAUCUGGUCGUCUGUGGAGGAGAUUUUCUCUGUUCCCAUUGGCGUUCGUUGAGUUGGCAUUCUUUGUGCUCUGUGCCUUUAAGCUGGGUAACUUGGAUGUUUGGUACCUGGUCAUCCCUGGCUUUUGCGUCUUUGGCCUCUUGUGGAUCCUGUGCCACAUGGUGUUCCUUGUCACGCUAUGGUGCUUUCACACCAAACUAAGCGAGUGUCAGAAGACGUGGGUGGCCCAGCGCUCGCAAACGCUCAGUUUGGACAGGAUCAUGGCCUCAAGGGGAAUUCGUCAUUUCUGCCUCAUCUCUGAACGGCUGGUGCUCUUCUGCCUGAUGUCCACCAUCAUACUUGUUGCCGUCUCAUGGCAGGUCACUAAUGGACUCUUCAUGAGUGUGUUUUUAGUGGUACUGCCACUGGAAUCUCUGGCUCAUGGACUCUUCCAUGAACUGGGCAACUGCUUGGGAGGCACCUGCGUUGGGUAUGCGGUGGUAAUUCCCACUUGCUACAGCAGUGCGGAUGGACAGCCAUUGCUUUUGCAUCCGGGGCAAGCCCAGGAAUUACACUCCACAGCUACUUUAAACGCUGUGCAGCGACUCUUCUCCCACCACCUCAUCCAGACCUUCGGAUGUGACUACUCCACCAGUCUAAGCCUGGACACCCUGCAGGCCAAACUGCGCUCUUUUCUGGAGCUCUGCACUACAGAAGGCCCACGGCAUGACACCUACAUCCUCUACUACAGUGGCCACACACUUCCCAGUGGAGACUGGAUUCUGGCAGGUGGUGACUGCUUGCGUUUACAACAGAUCCUUGAUAUGUGGAAGGAACGGAAUGCUGGCUUCUCCUCCCGCCUCAUCCUGGUCCUGGACACUGAGAAUUCUGCACCGUGGGUGAAGGCAGUGCGAAAGGUGGAAAAGAUGUAUGUGGCAGUACAAGGAGCCAAGAUGAGCCCUGUCCAGGAUGCAGAAGCCCAGGAAGCCCCUCGUUUGGGAGACUUCACUGCUGAGUGGGUGAAAUACAACUGUGAUCCUGACAGUAGCGUGCAGUGGUCAGAAAGGGGUCGGGUAAUCUCUGCAAUAUACGGCGUGUCCAAACCCUGGAGUGACUACGCUCUCCACCUGCCCACUGGAAGCGAUGUGGCCAAACACUGGAAAACGCACUUCCCCAAGGCCACUUACCCAUUGGUGGCUGUGGCGAACUGGUGCUGUGGACUCAACCUCUUGUGGCUGUGUAGUGUGUGUUUGCGCUGUGUCAGGAGAUUGAAACUUUCUUGGUUCCCUCCCAGCAUACUAGACACGGGGCAGGGGAUUAAACUAGUCCGAUCAUAGGUGACCAAUUGGAUUGCUUUUACACAAUGUAUAUACUUCACCAUUUAUCUUUUCUAUGCAAUUUUGGGAUAUCCUUUAUUGAGUUAACUGUUCAGUUGCCUUUUACAAAUUACUUUUACUUUACUUUUCGUUCAAUCCUGCUUCUAAAGAUCUACUUUCCUCUAUAGUUUAGUCUAGCACAUAAUUUUCAAAUCAAACCAAAAUUUAGGAAUAUUUGAAUAUUUUGAACUUAUUAACCUUGCAGGUACGUUGAUCUUUAGGAACAGAAUUGAGACCCAUUGUCAUAUAAAAGUUUCUUCUGUUUAUCUAUGUGCCCUGUAUACACGAUAUAGCCACUGUCUUAUCUCAUAUACAGUAUUGAGACUGUCAGUACCAAGUGCCUUGUUUUAAUUUAUAACGUUUUAAUUGGGUUUUCUAAGGAUUUGGGUGAAAUACAUGUAUUGCGAUGUAAAGUCUCAGGCAAAGUCAAGCAAGAAAUCUAAUUAUACCUUUAAAAUGAUGUUACUUUUUUUAGCCAAGCUGUAGAGCUGGUCUGGUUUAGUUGUUUCUUCAAGACCUCUACAAAUGCCAAUGUUUAAACCAUAUCAUGCUAUAUUUUAUUUUGUAUUCUCUGUGGGGGUUUUGUGUUAAAGAGUUGACCUUUACUAAUUAUUUUCUCAACAGACCAGCGUCCUUUAAUAAAGACUGUUU